ACGAUUUUGACUAGCCUACUUCGGGUAGAAAAUGAUCAUCGUGCGCCUGUGUAUGUAAACGAGACUUAUUCAGGGUGGGGUCGAUUGUAUACCCUGACAAGGCAUAUUUGGCCUCUCCGUGCCUGUUGGUUAAGUGGUUUAUGUUUACCAGAGAGCGACUGCGGAUUUUGUACAACGCAUGGGCCCAGAGAUUCAUGAUGUAAAGGCGACAGCAUAAAUCAAUGAAGGAUUAUUGUAGAGUACAUUUUAGUGGAUUAUCACCCGGAAUCCGGAUUAUCGUCGGCAUAACUUUACUUCAUCAUGUAGUGCUAUAUACCCAAGCCGCUACCCCGUCCCCUUUCGACGGAUGUGGGCCCGGUCGACAGAACAUCCUCAGCAUUGAUGAGUUGGACAUCGUUCUGAAAUGGAUGCCAGAUACGUUCAAGAACCCGGAUGACAUAUGUGUGACACAACUAGGCGAGGGAUCAUAUCUGUGUCGAGAUGCGUACAGCGGGGAUUACAGCGGCAUCUGUCGGGCGAUGUGGUGCAGGGACCCUUCCAGCAGGGUGUGCACUCUCGUCGACGCCAAUGACGGCGUACAGUGUGGGAACAGGAAGUGGUGUCUCAGAGGGGAAUGUCGCUUUUCUGAUCAAGCCGUCGCCACUCCAGAUUCCUGUCCAUUCGGCGACACUGCGAUGACCAACGGCUUUGGAAUGUCGUGUCCGGAUAUGAUAUCGCGUGACAAGAAGUUGUGCUAUGACACCAGUAUAGAACAAAUGUGUUGUCAGUCUUGUCGAGCUGUGAGGACGUACUUGAAAGGAUGCAUAUACGGUGACAGGACAGACGGGUGCAGCAGAGCUGAAUGUCCACUGAUGACCACCAAUGGUCUGUUGAAUUGCUGCCAGACAUGUUCGUAUCUUGUCCCGACGGAAGUACCUCCAACGACUUCAACAGUUCCAAGACCCAGCCAAGGUACAACUAGACCAGAGAUAGAAACGUCCACACGAAUGCCACGAACUGAUCCGAGAACCACGGAGAUGCCUGGAACAGCGACAACGACAACGACAACGGCCACGAACAUCACUUCAACAUCCCCGACAUCAGCCACAAGGGGCUCGCCACCAACAACUAAUAGGCCACAGUCUACCGUGAGUCUUCCAUCAGCAAGCGCAACGCCUGUUCAAGCAUCGGAUACGACCAGUAGUCGGUCAGUCUCAGCAACGACCACAGCGGGACCCACUGGGACAACGGCUGGACAAGCAUCUACUACAACAAGUGGUCAGCCAGGAACUACAGCAACUACAGAGGGACGGACUGGGACAACAGCUGGACAAACACCUACUACAACAAGUGGUCAGCCAGGAACUACAGCAACUACAGCGGAACGUACUGGGACAACAUCUGCAGGACCAUCCGACACUAGCCAGCCAGGAACGGGAAUAACUGGGUCCCAACAGGAUGGUCCCAACAUUGUUGCUAUGGGAACAGGCAUUGGGGUCGGAGCAGCUGUCUUGGUAGCUGUCAUUGUGAUAGUUGUCUAUGUCGUAAGGAAGAGAAUGUUGACGUCACAACCAUUGCAGAACAUGGCAUCUGAAGAUGAUCAUUCCAUAGGCGGGGAUUCAUUUAGUCGUUUGACAGCAGAUAUGAACGUUACCAGUACUACCUGGUAUCCAAGCUAUCGAACAUUCACCAAUAUGGACUGACCAUGUCAUAGGAAGUGACCAGACACCAUAUUCAAGUUCGAUAUCUCUGAAAUAUAACUUUUGAUUGAUUUCCAUAUUUGAAGGCAAAACUAACAAGCUUCAACUCACUACAGAUAAUUGUGUUGAUUUCUGUUCUGAUGUACCCAUUGUGAGUUCUCUCCCUUUGAACUGAUCAUCGUUUCGUUGCUAAAUGUUUCAACAGUAUUCAAACAUUUCGGUGUUAUUUUCGUUGACGAAAUCGAACUCACCACACCUUCACCAUAUGUGGAUAGACAGACACAUAAAAUAAUUCCAUAUUUUAAAUAAUAAUUUUGAAUAAAUAUUUAACAUGAACCUCAACUCAUUUGAGGUUUCUCAAAGACUUUCCAAUACACAUGAGGAAUCGUUGUCAUGGCAAAAGACGUCAGGCACUACUGGUGACGUCUUGCCACUCUAGUCUUCGACUUGUUACGAAUUCCAUGAACUGUAGGUAUCAUUUUUGUCUGGUGUUUCAAUCUUACUUGAUGGUUAAAGAGUCGCCACGUCAAAGGCCCAGGUUGGAAAUCAGUUUUAGGGGUCCCCUGCCUUGAUAUUACUGGAAUAUUGCUCAAACGGCAAAAAUCUCAAUCUACUUUACAACGUACCGUUUGUAACGUCCUCUACAACAUUCAGUAUUGUUUUUCUUUCUCCCUCCAUGGUUGAUAGCUGUGAAACCUGUAAAACUGUAAAACCUAAUGGUACGCUAGUAUUGAUUAGACAUGUUUAUAUAUGCAAUAUUUUGAGCAAAUUGGUUCAUCUGAAAGACGAUAUAAAAUUUAGUUGAUGAAACAUAUAUGUUUAUGUGUUUACUGUUAUCUAAUUAAUCAGAAGUUGUUUAUAGGAGCAAGGGGUGGUGGGAUAGCCUAAUGGUUUAAGCGUUCGCCCGUCACGCCGAAGACCCGGGUUCGAUUACUCACAUGGGCACAAUGUGUGAAGCCCA